AUGGACCUUGGCAUUGGAAACUCCCAGGAAGGUUCUGGGAUCCCCAGUGCUAAGGGGCGUCUUGGAGAAGGGACAUUGGGGGCAGCCAAGCACGUUAUGGUUAUUGGGGAUUUGCGGAACUCUCCCCACCCUCCCUAUGGAAUCCCCCGUCCUAAGGGGGCAGGGCUAUCUAUGGGGCUGCCGAGGGUUGGGGGUCUGCAUCUUACAGCCUCCCUCGGGCCUGGGCUCUGCUUCCUGCUGCUGGUUCUCAUGCCGUGCAAUGAAUCUGGUGAGACUUGUGGCCAAUACCAUCCAUUUAGGAAAGUCUUUCAUGGACACCCUGCCACACCAACCAAGCAUCCCUGGCAGGUGAGCCUGCAAAUUUAUGGCCAGCACAUAUGUGGAGGAGCCCUCAUUGAUGCCGAAUGGGUGUUGACAGCUGCGCACUGUGUCUUGUGGAAUUAUAAUUACACUGUGAAGCUUGGAGAUAUAUCCUAUUAUACCUCUAAGAACAGUACCAUCGCUGCUGUCAAGGACAUCCUCAUCCAUCCCUCUUAUUCAGACUUCAUCAUCAUCAGAAAUGACAUUGCUCUUGUGCACUUGGAAUCUCCUGUGAAAUUCACCCAAAAGAUUCAACCUAUCUGCCUCCCUUCUAACAAAUUCGACUUGAAGAACGGAACCCAAUGUUGGGUGGCAGGAUGGGGCAGGACCAAAGAAAACAACAAUGACUCACAUCCUCUUGUUCUUCUGGAGACUGAUCUAUACCUUCUUGAAAGAAAUUACUGCAACCAGAUGUUGAGAAAGUUCUUGUUUAUCUCACAAUUUGUGACCAUGGUCAACAGUAAGAUGAUCUGUGCCUAUCAUCCAGAAGGAAAAGAUGCCUGCCAGGGAGACUCAGGCGGGGCCCUUGCCUGUGAAGUUGGAGAACACACCUGGGUGCAGGUGGGGAUAGUGAGCUGGGGAAUUGGCUGUGGAAAACCUGAAAUCCCUGGAGUUUAUACCAGAGUCAGUUCAUUCUCCACAUGGAUCAUCAGAACCAUAAACCAAAGAGGCUCUUUCUUUUUGGCCUCUUCCUGCCUCACGUUUGUCUCGAUGCUGCUGCUGUUGUGUGUCCUGAUAACUCCAUGA